AUGUACAAAGAAUUCUGGGACAACGUCGGCACCAUCUCCACUCGCACCUUCAAGGAGUGCAGAAGCCAACGCGGCGAAAGCACCGACCGGGAGCUUCACGCCAACGAGGAGCGCUCGAUCAGUUGGGAGUACAGAACCACACGCAAUAAGUACGUCAGCCCCAACUACUUUGACUGGAAUCUCUUUGGUGGAGAUUGGGUCAAGGCCCAUGGUGCUUGCGUCCGCAACUACGACAGUCGCCAGCUUGCCCGUCAUGACGCCUACAACCGAGAGUACCUUGUGACACUGGCACGACGUGGAGUCCUUCGCUUCUCCGAGACCGAGACUCGAAUCAAUCCCGACAUCCGCAGUGAGGAUCGGCCCACCAAGGUGAAGACUGUUCUUCUCGCGGGCACAUACCUUGACGAGACUGCCGCCUUUUACGGCGUAGCAAGACAUGGCACCCGGACUGAGAAAAGAUAG